AACAUUUUUAAUAAAGUGUAAGUAUUGCUCGCGUUGUUAUUCCGUUGUCCCAUUGUACAAAGGUAAGCAGCAGCCGGAAUGUUGAGCAGCCGAUGCUACACUGUACGCUAGUUGUCCAGCUGCACCAGAUUAUUCUUUGUUAUUUGGGUUGACAUCAUCGACUCCGGGCGCCUUAGCUUUCAUGGCCGCUGUGAUGUUUCCAAAUUAAACAUUUCUUCGUCACCGGAGCAACGACGGCGACGAGCUCAGUGACACCUGAGUCUCUGUUCAUUCGCACGAAGGCAUACAUUAUUGUGUUCGAUCGGUCAACGAGGUAAACGAAGCAAACAAACCCUAACCAACUACUGUCUUCGCAUGCGUCGAUCGCAGAGAGCCCGAUGUACAGUAAUUCUCACUCUGUUUCGAAGUUCGAAGCCCUCAAAUGUCGAGGCCUGUGACAAAGGUCGAAGACUCAAACCCUAGAAAUGGCGAAACAGUCGGCGGGAUGGGUAGGGUUUCAGAAGAGAUGGCUCCUGUUGCUUCUGCUGAUGUUGUGUGUGUCCACUGUGAUAGCGUUUAUAAUCAGAGCUGCGUUUGAUUCCUGCGAUCGGCACUUAAAAGUUGCGGCAGAGAAACGCUUCAGCCGACCUCCCUCGCCGGUUGGAAGCACUCCGAAUCCUCUUAGUUUCAUGAAGUCCAAACUUGUUCUGCUCGUCUCGCACGAACUCUCUCUGUCUGGUGGGCCAUUGUUGCUGAUGGAGCUAGCAUUUCUGUUAAGAGGUGUUGGUGCUGAAGUUUGUUGGAUCACAAACCAGAAGCCAUCGGGAACAGAUGAAGUGAUAUACAGUUUGGAGCAGAAGAUGUUAGAUCGAGGAGUGCAGGUCUUCUCUGCAAAAGGCCAAGAGGCCGUAGAUACUGCCUUGAAAGCUGAUUUGGUUGUGUUGAACACUGCUGUUGCUGGGAAAUGGCUUGAUGCCGUUCUCAAGGAAUCUGUUCCUCGUGUUCUUCCUAAAGUGCUGUGGUGGAUCCAUGAAAUGCGAGGGCACUACUUCAAAGCAGAGUAUGUCAAGCACCUCCCUUUGGUUGCUGGUGCAAUGAUUGAUUCACACAUAACAGCAGAAUACUGGAAGAAUAGGACUCAAGAGCGUUUAAGGAUUAAAAUGCCUGAGACCUAUGUUGUACACCUUGGAAAUAGCAAGGAACUUAUGGAAGUUGCAGAAGAUAGUGUAGCAAAAAGGGUUUUGCGUGAGCAUGUCCGGGAGUCUCUUGGAGUACGAAAUGAGGAUCUGCUUUUUGCUAUCAUAAAUAGUGUUUCACGUGGGAAAGGACAGGAUUUAUUUUUGCGGGCCUUCUAUGAAAGCUUACAACUGAUCAAAGAACAGAAGCUACAGGUGCCAUCAAUGCAUGCUGUAAUUGUAGGAAGUGAAAUGACUGCUCAAACCAAGUUUGAGUCUGAGCUGCGUGAUUUUGUGAUGCUAAAGAAACUUCAAGGCCGCGUUCACUUUGUAAAUAAAACACUGACAGUCGCCCCAUAUCUAGCUGCAAUUGACGUUCUUGUUCAGAACUCUCAGGCUCGAGGGGAAUGCUUUGGGAGGAUAACCAUCGAAGCCAUGGCAUUUCAGCUGCCUGUAUUGGGGACAGCAGCAGGAGGCACCACUGAGAUUGUAGUGAAUGGGACAACAGGUUUGUUGCACCGUGCUGGGAAGGAAGGGGUAAGUCCUCUUGCGAGAAAUAUUGUCAAACUGGCCACUCACGUUGAGAGGAGACUUACGAUGGGAAAGAGGGGCUAUGAGAGGGUGAAAGAAAUGUUUUUAGAACGCCACAUGGCUCAUAGAAUUGCUGCAGUUCUUAGGGAAGUUCUACAGAAAGCAAAGAGGAGCCACCCAUAAUCUUGAAACUUGUCGAGAAAGGAAAUUUCAAUUUCCGUUUGGUGCUGCAUUGAUAGAUCAGUUUUUUCAGGAAUAUGGUACUGAGUUGGUCAGUUUCUCUUGGAUGCCAUUUUGAUAAAAUUUCUAAUAGGUUUCUCCUACUUUUUGAUAUUUUCUUCCAUUUUGUUUGGUAUUUCUUCUUUCUCUCUUCCAAGAGGCGAGUUAUGUAGGGAAACAAAAUGGUGAAGCCUGUCCAUAUUAAAAGUAGUAAUGUGAAAUGUGGAAAUGUGAAAUGUGAAAUGUGAAACGUGAAAUGCUUCUGCUUGGCUUCAA